UCAGUGUCCCCGCGGGCAGCCGGGGCUGGUCCCCUCCUUGUCCCCCCGCCUCUGGCUCCGAGCCCACCGGCACCCGCCCCGCCCCGGCACCCGGCGGGGAUGCAGCAUCUCCAGCACCGGGACGGAUCCCUGCUGCAAUGAAAUUUGAGCCUUGACGUGAAGACAUUGACAAUAAGAUCUGCAGAGAGAGUGUGCUUCAGCCCCAGUAGCAGUGUUAAAAAAAAAAAAAAAAGCAAACCUUGACUAAAGAUCAAAAUCAAGAGACAAAAUGGCCAUCAACUGGAAGACCUGCUUCUUCACUCUCAUGUUGCUUCCCAUGGUUGCAGCAACACAUUCCAACUGCAUCAUUAAAAAGGAGCAAGAAACCUGUCUGGAGAAGAUACGGAGGGCAGCUGCCCUGAGCCCUCUUAAUGACUCUUCUCCAGGUUGCCCAGGAAUGUGGGACAAUAUUACAUGCUGGAAACCUGCAAGUGUGGGUGAAAUUGUCUUUGUCAAGUGUCCUGCAUUGUUCAGAUUUAUCAUCUCUGAAGAUGGUUGGGAAGUAGAUAACUUGGGGCAAGCUCAUGCAGGUGAUUAUGACCUGCUGGAAAGCACAGCCCAGUCUCCCCUAGGGGACAUCAGCAGAAAUUGCACUGAAGAUGGCUGGUCUGAACCUUUUCCUCAUUAUUAUGAUGCCUGCGGCUUUGAUGAAAAUGAAACGGAGUCUGACAACCAGGAUUACUACUAUCUGUCUGUGAAGGCUCUGUACACGGUUGGAUACAGCACUUCUCUUGUUUCCCUCACCACCGCCAUGGUUAUCCUGUGUCGUUUCAGGAAGCUUCACUGCACUCGAAAUUUUAUCCACAUGAACCUCUUUGUUUCAUUCAUCCUACGUGCGAUAUCUGUAUUCAUUAAAGAUGGGGUUCUUUAUGCUGAACAAGAUGGCAACCACUGUUUCAUCUCAACUGUGGAAUGCAAAGCGGUGAUGGUGUUUUUUCACUACUGUGUCAUGUCCAACUAUUUCUGGCUUUUCAUUGAGGGAUUGUACCUUUUCACUUUGUUGGUAGAAACCUUUUUCCCAGAGAGGAGAUAUUUCUACUGGUACACUAUUAUUGGCUGGGGCACCCCAACAAUUUGUGUCACUGUCUGGGCAGUGCUGAGACUUCACUUUGAUGAUACUGGCUGCUGGGACAUGAAUGACAACACUGCGUUGUGGUGGGUGAUCAAGGGUCCUGUGGUUGGAUCAAUCAUGAUAAACUUUGUGCUUUUUAUUGGCAUAAUUGUGAUACUUGUGCAGAAACUCCAGUCACCUGACAUUGGAGGCAAUGAAUCCAGCAUUUACUUCAGCUGCGUUCAGAAAUGCUACUGUAAGCCUAAGAGGGCUAACCAGCACUCUUGCAAGAUGUCAGAACUAUCAACCAUUACCCUGAGACUGGCUCGCUCUACGCUACUGCUUAUCCCCUUGUUUGGAAUUCACUACACGGUGUUUGCUUUUUCUCCUGAAAAUGUCAGUAAGCGGGAGAGACUAGUGUUUGAAUUGGGACUGGGAUCUUUCCAGGGUUUUGUUGUUGCUGUUCUCUAUUGUUUCUUGAAUGGGGAGGUGCAAUCAGAAAUAAAGAGAAAAUGGAGGAGCUGGAAAGUCAACCGGUAUUUUGCUGUGGAUUUCAAACAUCGUCAUCCUUCUCUAGCGAGCAGCGGAGUGAACGGGGGGACACAACUCUCCAUUCUGAGCAAGAGCAGCUCUCAGAUUCGGAUGUCCAGCAUAAAUGCGGAGAAUCUAGCGACAUGA